UACCGAACAAUUAGACAUUGCUCAUCUAAACGACAAUUAACAUUUUUUUCUUGACGAUCAUAGAGUGCGCUCUCGAAAUGGUUUCCAUUCAACAAGUCAUACUGAUGGUUUUGAACUAUAUCGUAAAUCAGCCUUACAGAUUUGUUUCCCAUCCAGAUUCCGGGCUGUCGUUGGAGAGAUUGCUAGAAAAAUAUGGUUAUCCGUUGGAGACCCACGAGAUAACCACAGAAGAUGGAUAUGUAUUGACGGCUCACAGGAUACCACGCGGGCAGGGUUCAAACCACACCAAUCAGUACCCGAUAAUAAUAACAGCCGGUCCGUGCACUGUGGGAGAGUUUCUCCUGCUUCCCGGUCAUCCCGAGGGCAUCGCGUGGUAUUUAACCGACAGAGGUUUCGACGUUUGGUUAGUGAACAAUAGAGGAACCGCGCAUUCUCGAAAACAUAAAACUUUGGACCCCGAUAGCGACGCGGAGUACUGGAACUUCAGUUGGCACGAAAUGGGCGUGUAUGACUUACCAGCCGUGGUCGACUAUAUCUUGAACGUCACAACCAAGAAUAAAUUGUUCUACCUCGGUUACGCGCAGGGUGCCACAAUUUACUUUGUUCUCAACUCAGAGCGGCCAGAAUACAACGAAAAAAUCGCCAUGGGGGUCGUCGUCGCGACGCCGGCGAUGCUGGGUCGUAAUCGUCUCUUGAUUUUUCGAGUUUUGUCGAAACACAGGACGCUAAUAAAAAAUAUCGCCAAAGCGUUGGGAGUGUACGAGUUUCUGCCCGAUAACUUAAAUGCGGCGCUGCGAAGAACGAUGUCGAUGCUGUGUUCCGAGAUGACGGUUUUCGCCGAGAUUUGCUCAGCUUUGCUGCAUUUUCCCGAGGAAUCUUUCAGGGUGGAUCCGAUGGUGCUCCAGCUAAUCUUUGAAUAUGUCCCUGCGAGAUGUUCGAUGAAACAGUUUUAUCACUACCAGCAACUUAUCGACAGCGACGUGUUCGGACCAUACGAUUACGGAGCGAAGCAAAACCUCCGACUCUACAAACGGAGGAACGCCCCGGAAUAUAAUAUCGGGAACGUUACGGCGCCCACGGCUUUCGUCUACAGCACCAGCGACUUAAUAACCCACCCAGAGGGAAUAGAAAGACUCGUGGCGAGAACCAAGAACAAAGAAGUGCAUAGGAUAACAGACGAGUUUAGUCACGUGGACUUCGUCGCGGCCAAGGAAGUGCGACGCUACGUCAACGAACCCGUAUAUAGGAUGUUCGAAAAGCACAUGCCUGCCACCAGCUGA